GGCCGGGCUGUUUUUCUGGAGAGUUGGAGCUGGAGGGAGGGAGACAAAGCCAGGCCGGCGGCGGCACCAUGGAGCUGCGGGCCCGCGUCGUGCUCUGGAAACUUCUGCUUCUGCAGAGCUCCGCUGUCCUGUGCUCAGGGCCGGCGGGGUCCGCAGCGGGCAGCUCGGUGGUGUCGGAGGUGGCGGUGAGCUGGGCGGCGGGCGCCCGGGCGGUGCUGCGCUGCCAGAGCCCGCGCAUGGUUUGGACGCAGGACCGGCUGCACGACCGGCAGCGCGUGGUCCACUGGGACCUGAGCGGCCCGUUGGGCCCGGCGCGCCGCCUCGUGGACAUGUACUCGGCGGGCGAGCAGCGUGUGUACGAGCCGCGGGAUCGCGGCCGCCUCCUGCUGUCGCCUUCAGCCUUCCAGGACGGAAACUUCUCGCUGCUCAUCCGGGCGGUGGAGGAGACAGACGAGGGGCUGUACACCUGCAGCCUGCACCAUCAUUACUGCCACCUCUACGAGAACCUGGCCAUCCGCCUCGAGGUCACCGACAACCCCCGGGCCGCCGGCGCGCACUGGGACGGCGAGAAGGAGGUGCUGGUGGUGGCGCGCGGCGCGCCCGCGCUCCUGACCUGCGUGAACCGCGCGCACGUGUGGACCGACCGGCACCUGGAGGAGGCGCAGCAGGUGGCGCACUGGGACCUGCAGCUGCCGGGGGUCCCGCACGACCGCGCCGACCGCCUGCUCGACCUCUACGCGUCCGGCGAGCGCCGCGCCUACGGGCCGGCGGUCUUGCGCGACCGCGUGUCGGUGGAGGCGGACGCCUUCGCGCGCGGGGACUUCUCCCUGCGCAUCGACCCGCUGGAGCCGGCGGACGAGGGCACCUACUCCUGCCACCUGCACCACCACUACUGCGGCCUCCACGAGCGCCGCAUCUUCCACCUGACGGUCACCGCGCCCGCCUCCCCGCCGCCCCCGCGUGGCUCACCGGGCAACGGCUCCAGCCACAGCAGCGCCCCAGCCCCAGACCCCACGCUGGCGCGCGACCGCAGCGUCAUCAACGUGAUCGUGCCGGAGGGCCGCGCGCACUUCUUCCAGCAGCUGGGCUACGUGCUGGCCACGCUGCUGCUCUUCCUGCUGCUGCUCAUCACGGCGGUGCUGGCCACGCGGCAGCGCCGUCUUGGGGGUUACCACUACUCGGACCAGAGGUCGGGGAAGGCCAAGGGGAAGGACGUGAACUUGGCGGAGUUUCCUUUGGCCACUGGGGACCAGGCUUUCUACAGGAGCCAGGACAUCCAGCUGGAUUACAAAAACAACAUCCUGAAGGAGAGGGCCGCGCUGGCGCACUGCCCCCUGCCCGCCAAGCACAUCGACUUGGACAAAGAGUUCCGGAAGGAGUACUGCAAGUGAGGCGGUGCGGCUCCUGCCCGCCGGCACCUCCGCCCACUCUCCUCCCGCUCCAGCGGCUGGUCCCGCUGUCCCGAACUUGGACUGAGCUGUUGCAGAGGCGCCCCCAGAGCCCUCCCCUGGAGCUGCCUCUCCCUCCCGAGCAGCAGUGGGAGCCUGGGUCCCUGCCGGCUCUGUGGCUGCGCCCCGCCCCCCAGCAGCCCCCUGCAGCGCUCACGGCCGGCCCUGCCCCCUCGGGCCAGCCGAGCUCACCGACGGUCACCCCCGGGCUCUCCAGGCCCCUGCCCUCUGGGGGAGCCCGGCCGCUGCAGGGGGCGCGGCGGGGAGCUGGGUCGGCCUGAGGCCGGCACUGCCCUUCCUCAGGCCUUCCUGGAGGAGCUGCCCUCGGGCCGGACAGCUCUGUGUUUUGUUAGCCAGGCUGCCCUGCGCUGCGUGCCUGAGGACAGCACUCCCCUGCGGGGCGGAUGCCCGCUGCCGCCGCCUGCCGCCUGGGGCUGCCCGGGCCCUGUCCGCUUCCCGCCUGCUGCAGCCUCCUUGGCAAUAAGCGGCCCUGACGGCCCCUCCCUGGGCUCCAGGUGACUUGGGGCCCCUCCCUGGGCUGGAGUCGGGCUGGGGCCUCAUUUGGCUUCUGUUUUGUCCGAGGACGGAGGCGGGUGAAGAUGGUGCCAGAGCGGCCCCGCAGCCACUCGGAGGCACCGCACUGGCUCCUCCUGGAAUGGCCACGUCACAAUAAAGACCUUUCUGAUUGGUAGACGCC